CAAAGGGCCAGGGCCUGCGGGACUCCCAGCUGCUGCGCCCGCCUGCGGGGCUUUUCGCUGCUGUCAAGUCCCCGGGGCAACUGAGGCCAAGGGCUGAGCCGAGGGGCUGCCACUCCGCGCACAGCCGGGACAGCCAGCCCAGCAUCAUGUCGCUGAACGCCUGGGAGUGGGAGGAUGAGGACGCGGCCAUCAUCGACCCCCGGACUUCUCUACACAGCUUUUUCCAGACCACCAACGACUGUGUGGUGGAGGAUAACCUGGGGACCAGGGUGCAGGAGUACGACUAUGACGGUCGCUACCGCACCCUUGGCUCCUUGGAAGAAGAGCACGUCAGCCCCUUUGAGCCUGACGUCCCCCAGGUGGUCCCCUGCAAAUUUAUUAUCUCUCUGGCAUUCCUGGUGAAUUUUGGAAUUAAAGGAAAAUAUCUAAACAUUCUGGAAAAAUUCAAGAAACACCCCAAACUAGACAAUCACAUCGCAAAGCUUCGUCGUUUCUACCACAUUGAGUAUUUCCUCCUGCCAGAUGACGAGGAACCUAAGAUCGUGGACAUGGUGAUAUUUCCCGGAAUGGCCAAGGUGUUCCUGGACUCCGGAGUAAAGACUAUUAAGCCAUGGCUUGAAGGUGGCAAAUUAUGGGUGUCUUGGAGCCAAAGUUUUAACGUCAAUGUGACGAAGGAACUGCUAAAGAAAAUGAAUUUCCAUAAAAUAACCUUGAGGCUCUGGGACACCAAGGACAAGAUUUCAAAGAAAGUCAGGUAUUACCGAUUAAAGGCUGCCAGUUAUUUGGAAGAAGCAGGAUCUUUCGAGGAAGUGAGACUUUUGGUUUUAGAUCAGAGAAGACAGUGCGAUCUGAGCCACGAGAAAGCCAGCAUCAACAAAGAGGAGUGGGAUGAGGAGCGUCUCUUAGGAAAACCGGAAAAAGCAGAGAAACACUCAAAACUUUUUCCAGGUUCUCACCAAGCAGAACCUGAAAUCAUUUCCAAGAACAAUGAGGACUAUGAAAAGUCACUCAAAAUGGAUGAUCUUUCUUCAAUUCGACGAAGCACUUCAAGAACACCAGUUGUUCCUCUGGCCGGGGCAACAAUGUUGGAGAUUAAGGAAUUUAUUGAGAAAAAAUCAUUAAACAGCUUAACAGACAUGUUAGAAAAACAAAGAUCUCAAAAGAAAGAUCACGAGAUGAAAAGGAGAAGCCUGAAGAAGGGAAAGAAGCAGCACUCGGAAGAGGAGUUUGACCCCAGCCAGUGGAGGCAGAGCGUCUUCUCCCUGCAGCUGGCCACCAUGCCUCUGCUUGCUGGACAGCAAACUGUCAUGAGCUGGGGCAGUGACAAGUCGGCCAACAUUUUGGAUUGCCUUUUGACUUUCAAAACCGAAGUGCCUAUCAUGACCGAGGAGCAGAAGCUGGAAUUAAACCCCCUGAUCAUAAGGAUCGACUCUGUUUCCUGCCUGCCGUCACAACCUGUGCCUAUUCAGGAACUACAGAGGCUGUGCACCCCCGUCUACUGCAGGUACCGCUUCCACAAGACCCCGGUGCACAGGACCGAGGAGCGCCCCCACGGGACCCACGUUUACUUCGAGGACAUCAAUGUCAUCUGCCUGGGAGCCAUCCACCCCAGCGACCUGCGGGAGUACCUGGAGGGUCCCCCCAUGGUGGUGGAAGUCCACGAUCGGGACCGUAAGUCGGACGAGUCCUCCCGCAGGCCCACCCUGUUUGGGGAGGACCCCCUGGAUUCCCACGGGAACAUCCAGUCCUUCAUCUCCUCCAAGGAGACGGAGGACAACCCCUUUGAGUCUCAGAACAAGACCUGGGACCCUCACGGAGUCGCCCGGGUCAGUUUCGCGGACCUCCUCCUUGGCCACAAGUACCUGAACCUGGUGGUCCCCAUCCAGCGCUGUGAGCCCAAGGCCACCCCUGGCCUCCAGGGCAGCAGAUGCAGGAGGGUCUCGAGGUUCCAGAUCCCGGCCACCGAGGUCCUCCAGCACAACCCGAUGCCCGCUGGAAACUACCUGGAGGCCAACUCAUUGCUCAAACUGCGAGUGGACGUGGCGGUGCCUCUGACCACCUGGGCCAAAGCCCAGGGCGUGGACUUCCUGGGCAGCCACUUUGGCCGCAUCGUGUUCGUGUUCAGUGCCCAAGACCUGUUCCUGGUGCACAGUCUGCUGAAGGACAUCACCCUGAUCAACGCCAAGGCCCUGGAGCUGGACUCCUACCCCACCGGGACCGUCCAGCAGAUCCUCUCGGCCUUCAAGAUGCGGGUCAACAUCCAGCAUCAGGAGCAUCUGGACGUCCUGACGGGCUUCCACCUGCUGGAUGGGAACCUCCACCUCUUUGUUCUGGAAGGCUUGGCCGACGGGGGCCUGCGGCAGCUGUGGGAGAGCCACCAGAGCCGAAUCCCCAUGUUGGAGCUCAGGAAAUACAAAGUGCUCUACAACUCGCAGCUGCUGUUCCGCCACCGCCUCUACGCGGACCUGGAGACCGUCCUGUACCAUGUGCACCUCUUCAGGCCCCUGUCGCUGCUCAUGCGACAUCCGGGGCUCUACCUGCGCGACGCCAUACCGCAUAAGGCCUUCCAGGCACUGGCCAGAAUCUACAACAUCUGCUACCACAGUACCAAGCUCAGGGAGGUGAUCGUCAGAGACUUGCUACCUUCGUCCGCCAUGAUCAAAGACUUGAGCCAAGAGUUUGGGCUCCCCAUCUCUCAAGAGGACCUCAUGGAUCAGAAGCUACCUACCAUCUCCCCUCAGCCUGUCCCCAAUCUUGAAGGAUCCCAAAGUCAGGUCUCCACCCUCAAUUCCAAGGUCCUUGCCCACCAGGAGAAGUACCUGCAAUGGCGGAACAACAUGCUCCUGACGACGAGAGAGAAGCACUACCUGAUCCAGAAAAACAUCAUGAAGGCCUUCCAGGCCACCAAGAGGCCUCCUGUCCCCAAGGCCAAGAUGAUGCAGAUCUCAACUCCCCUGGACAAGGGUGUCCACAACUACAGUGUCAUGACCUUCAACUCCGCUGUGCUUGCCAAGAAGGAACUGUGCCAAGAGAUGGCCAAGGAGCCAGGGAGGAGGUUCACGUACUCACAGAACUACCUGUCCGCCAUUGUGGAGCCUCAGGACUCGCAGGAAGAGAAGAAGAAAGCCCAGGAGAAAUCCCGCCAAGCCUGGCUCACGGUCACUGGGUUCCAAGUGACAGGUCUCCAUGGUGACAUCCUCCAUCAGGAUUUCCCACUGCCAGCCAUCGGAGAGUUCCAUGAGGAGUGGCAGGAACACCAGGUGCUCGAUCGCCUGCUGUACCCCAUGUUGGAUCGGGGCCGGUGGAGCUGGGACCGGCGCCACCUGGACUUUGAGCUGUACAAGAAGCCACUGCCUUUCCUGGAGGUGCCCCCUCCUCCAACCCGGAAGCCCGUUGCAGAUAACUGGGGAGACCGUGCCCAGCUGGUGUCCACCUCGAGUUCCCAGGCUAGGCCUCCUGGUACAGAAGGGUCUCGGGCUGUCCCAAGGGCUGGAACUCAGCUGUGGAUUCCAGCCCCAGGUGUGACACCAAAUGUGACGUGAGAGACAGGGUCUCGCUGAGUUGUUCAGGGCCUCACUUUUGCUGAGGCUGGCCUCCACCUUGCGAUCCUCCCGCCUCAGCCUCCAGAGCCACUGGGAUGACAGGCCUGCGCUCCCCAUGCCUGGCCUCCCUGUUUCGGAAGAGUGGCCUCAUCAUCAUUGAAAGGCACCACUGAAACACAGAACCCAAAUUUGUUGGUUGGCAGAGACAGAAGUUUGUUUGAGGAGGGACAGAGGAGUUUAUCGAGCCACAAGUUGGCCAGAAAAACUUCCUCCGGGGAGCUAGCUCGGCAAGCCCGAAACACAAGAGCUCUGAGCAGGUCCCAGCGACCCGGCAAGAAGGCCACUGUCUCCUGGUGCCUGGACUUGGCUCCUUCCCUCCCAGGUAAGCCCUGGGCCUUCGGAGUUUGGAGGAGAGUCGGCCAGUGUGGGAACAUGAGGCCUGUCCACAUGGCUCCAUGGGCAGCCUUCCCAAAAGUAAAAAAGGCGACUGAGAAAUGGAGGCUGGAGUGGCCUCUCCCCUGCUGCAUCAAGUUCAAGAAACAUCAGAACCUGUGAAGUGAGAAGGGGGACCUAGACUGUGGCUACGCCUCUGAAGCCCCACGGGGUGAGCAGAGAACUGGCGCCACCAACAGGAGCCCUCAGGGCCCAGCAGUGGGGGGAUGUCUACGGCCCUUUCCAAGUUUCUCCUGUUCAAAGGAACUCUGUGCAGCCUCCUGUCCCUGGCACUGUGCACUCUCCAUUUUGUGCCCAAGGUCUCUUUGCCAUCACUAAAUACAAGCUGGGAAAACAAAACUGAACAAGAAAUUUAGGUUUCAGCAGGGCGCGGUGGGGCAUGCCUGUCAUCCCAGUGGCUUGGGAGGCUGAGGCAGGAGGAUCACAAGAUGGAGGCCAGCAUCAGCAAAAGUGAGGCCCUGAACAACUCAGCGAGACCCUGUCUCUAGAUAAAAUAUAAAAACAGCUGGGGACGGGGCUCAGGGGUUAAGUGACCUUGAGUUUAAUCCUUGGUACCAAAGUCACAAGACUUAUUUAGUCACCCAAACUGGAAGAACGCCCCAGCCCCAGCUUGGCCCACGGAGCCCUGGGCGCUCUGCAUUUCCACUCUUCUUGGGGACCACCCACCCUCACAGCACAGGGAGACUUGAAGCCCCAAGUCACCCAGGGGUGACAGGAGCUUAAAGGCCACCAGGUGAAGCACGGGACCCCGCAUGGCUUGCAGGCGCUACCAGAUGGCGGCCAAGGGAAACACAGAGGCCUGUUGAGGCCACCUACAGACGCCCCUCACCCUCUUCAGGGAGGGAGGCCGGUCCUUGCAAAGACACUGAGAAGCCCUGCGUGGGCAUGAGGUCCCGCUGCGGCCACCAGAAGGACCCAAGAGAAGGGACACUUGUGGAGCCCUGAGGUCAGGGACCAGGCCCUGCCUGCCCUCUGGUGUUUGGGGCCCUCUUCUCAUGGGGUGAGUGAGGACAAAGGGCUCAGAAGCCACUGCCAAAGGGUGGCUCUCAGGAUCAAGCUGGUGUCCCUUAAAGGCUGGCUCUGAAGAACGAGGUGACUCAAGGCCAGAGGGGACACCGACUGUGACAUUUAUAUUCCUUUCUGUUGAACACUCCCCAGCAUGUGCCUCCUACUUGGAGGUGACAAGGGCGCUGUUUCCCAGCUGUUGCUUGACCCUGUGGCUUGGUAGCAAUGGCUGCCCGAGCCUCGGAUGCCCGCGAGCUUCCUGCCACCAGCAUGUCCCCAACCACCAGCACAAUGGCCACACGGUGACGGCGAUUCUCUUCCCUGUCUCUGCUCAGGAGCUGCGGUGUGGCCUCCUGCAGUUCUCCACCUUCUGAAAGGCGGGUCCUCUAGUGUCAGCUGAGGCCCGGGGGCAGGGACACUGUCCCAGCGUCAGGACGUCCUCUCCAGAGGGUGGGCGCAGAUGUAGGUCCGCUUCUCGAGGAUCUCCCUGGACACUUUCUUAAUCUGCUCAUCCAGGUUCUCUGGAGCAUCUGGGAGGGAAGAGAGGGACGGGGUGACCCUUCUGCCCUGUGACGACACAAACAGGGCUGGGGGGGGGUGUGUUCUCAACCCCCCACUGUGCAGCUCAGGGGAGGGGGAGAGGCUUCGUGCUGAAUUAAAAAGGGCUUGUCCCAGUCUUUUUUUGGCACUGGGAACUGAACCCAAGGGCCCUUGACCCCUGAGCCACCUCCGCAGCCCUAUUUGUAUUUUAUUUAGAGACAGGGUCUCCCCGAGUUGCUUGGGGCCUUGCUUUGGCUGAGGCUGGCCUCCACCUUCUGAUCCUCCUGCCUCAGCCUCCUGAGCUGCUGGGGUGACAGGUGUGGGCCACCGUGCUUGGCUUAUCCUAUUUAAAAUGCCCAGACUGUAAGGGGCUAGGAGUGGGGAGAAGAUCCUGAUCAGGAAAUGACCAAAUGGAGGAGAAAUUGUUUCAUCAUCCAACUUCGGUCGCAUUUGGCAGCCCUGGGGCGAGCCUGGCUGGCCGCCAGCACCAGGAACCACGAGACGUCACUGGCCAGUGUCCUUGCCAUCGACAACACACCUGACACUGAUCCAGAGCCCGCAGCCUACAGGACCAUGAGGGUCGGAGGAGACCCUGAGUAACACAUUCCACGCUGUGGCCCAGGGGGAGGGAGGUGGCCAGGCACUCAGGGCAGCAGGCACCGAGGGGCAUCCGUGAGGGCGGAGGCCUGUAUAAAGCUAUGUCCUCGUGACCUCCUCUGGGCAGGUACCAGGACAGGGCUGGGCACUGGGGCAGGUGCGUCUCGGCCGGUCUCUAGAUGGCAGGAGGCCACGGGCACAGACUAGGCCUGGAACCCCUCCUGUCCCCACUUACACUUGUCCAGCUGAGACAGGCUGAAGAGGUUCUGGACGUAGGCCUCCGUGCAGAACAUGUUGGCCAAGAGGAUCUGUGGGGGCCGGGGUCAGAGAGGAUGGCUGCUUAGGGUCCUGGAGCUGACCCAGCCCUUGGCCCACCUGGGCCCACAGGCCUGGCUCAAGAGUUCCAGUUCCAGCCCUGACCCCUAGCCACUCUGUCCCCUAGAGUGGGCUCCUCAGCCUCUGAGACGUGCGCUCCCUCCCCCAUGAGGUGGACGGCCACCCCACUGACCAUUCCACGCGUGCCCUGGGCCAGCGCGCACGUGGCACGCAGGUGGACCGGUCACUUCGCCCCUUUCUUCUCUUAGGUAAGGGACCAAAGACGGCGCAUGGCCGGUUUCCUGGGCGGCAAGGACUGUCCUGUGGCCACAGUAUGGCAAAGCUGCCCAGCCUCCCGAGUGGCACCCUGGUGCACCUCAGAACCUCGGCCUCUUCCAGUGACCGCCUGCACGCGCCAUGGGCCCCGGCUCACCCGGCCCUCUUGUCCCAGAAGUCCCUUGGGGCUGCGUCACCCGGGCCUGGGCUUCCCCAGCCACCGGCUUCAUUAAAGUGCAGCAGGACCAAA